AUGGCAGAGUUUCGCAUUGUUAUACCUUUUCCUGGGGGAAAUCAGGUCGAAUCUGAUAAAGGUCACGGAUAUCAUGGCAUAUUAAGGCUGGUAAACGUGCAAGAAGAUACGCCCUUGCCAGCGCCGGGUGCGCGACAGGGUCGUCCCCUGGCUGUGUUCAAUCACGGGCUUUUGGCCGACAAGAAUGCUCUGUUCUUUCAAUCAUUAGCUUCAGAACUACCGAUCGACUCUUUCAGGUGGGACGCAUGUGGUGAAGGUCAAACUCCUGGAGACUGGAGGUACAGCAAAUAUAAUGAAUGUGCCGAGGACCUAUUUCACGUCGUUGACUACUUGCACAGGCGUUUCGGCUAUUUCACCGACUUGAUGAUCAACCAUUCGAAAGGCUGCGCUGUAUCAGCAGUCUACAUAUCUCGCUACUGUAAUCCAGGUCCCUUGUACAAGCAUCGCUCACCCUCACGUGUCAUUUUUGCUUGUGGUAGCGUCGACAUGUCGCUUCAGCGGCGCAAAGACGCCGAGUUUCAACCCUUUUUCGACUCAUAUGGAUACGUUCCCAUGAGAGCAAAUGUUGGUGACUUGAUAAUUGAGCGCAGAAUCCACCCCGAAGAUCACGCCUCUAUGCGUUCUUUUCCUGCCCACAUCCAUUAUGCGAAUAUUCCCCCUCACGUACAGUGUUUUAUCGCGCAUGGUUCUAAUGAUGAAGACGUCUCUGUCGAGAAUCUUGGAAUUUUGUCCAACAUUUUAAUGUCUCAGGUUGGAAGGCCGGCUGGUUCUGUGGUCACGCAGAUCUAUGAAAAGGCUGACCACAAUCUCAGCCAUGGUGCUAUGGACAAAUUCAUGGAUCAAGUGCGUUCCUGGUUGAAGAAAUCUGAGCCUCCCGUUUUGCUCUCUGAAAGUAUCCCUAUUAAAAAUGCUUUAAACGGAAAGCGCGGUGCUUUUAUCGUAGUAGAAGGCCUCGAUCGGUCGGGAAAAUCGACCCAAGUUGCCCGCCUUGUCGAAACACUCGAGGCACGUCACGUCAAAUUUCCGGAGCGAACCACCUCCAUCGGCAUGAUGAUCAAUUCGUAUCUUACAAAUAGAUGCGACAUUAAUGAUCAAGCUGUACACCUUCUGUUUUCUGCCAACCGAUGGGAGAUGCUUUCGUCUAUUUUACAGACACUGCAAAGGGGUCAGCACGUCGUGUGCGAUCGUUAUGCAUUUUCGGGUAUGGCAUAUUCGCAUGCAAAAGGCCUUGAUCUUUCAUGGUGUAUCUCGCCGGAUGUAGGAAUGCCGUUACCUGAUAUUACACUAUUUCUGGAUCUCGAUGAAACCACAGCUACAAAACGAGCAGCAUAUGGCGAGGAGCGGUACGAGAAGAAAGCAUUUCAGAGUCUUGUACGUGAAGCGUUCCAAAAUAUCGCCUUACUGAUGGAACGGAGCGGCGCACGUUGGGAACGCAUUGACGCCAGUGGCUCACCCGAUGAAGUAUGGCAAGCAGUGCAUACUCGGGUGCAGAAUGCCAUAGCAGAUGCACAGACAUCGGAGCAUCUCCGUUCGCUACAUUUCUGCUUUGCUGCUUUGGGAAUGGGUAUGUUGCACCAAAUCAAGACCACAGCCACGUUUUGA